AUGUGCAUAGAUUAUACCUGUCUAAUAAGAUUUGUCGAUCAGCUAAUGGUUGCGAGGAUCUUGGACAGUUAUAGUUCGAAUCUCGAUCGUUCAGACCCAGUUGGGGAGUGCACGAGAGUCACAGUUGAGUGUGUGCACGAAUCAGUCUUCCGGUAUGAUGAUUCCGAAAGUCCAGAACACGUUUCUGAGCAGAAGUCGAUCUCACAGUGA